CUGUCUUCCAAUCGCUCAGACAGGUAUCAGCUGAACUUCAUCGACAUCAAAAACCUUAAGUUCAUCGCACAGAAAUAGUUUUGGGAGCCAUCCGACACCGUAAUCCUUGGUCAAGGGACUCCAGUUUCUAUGCUCUCUCCUUUAUUCGCAUUCCGUGCCUUACGCAGCUUCAAGAUCGAUCUCAUCGAUACGGUAGCUGUUGAUGACGCCAUCGGCGGACCGAUGCCAGUGAUUUGCAGAGACGACCUGGAGAUGAUUCCUCAAGUAUGGAGGGAUAUCGAGGAACUGGAGAUACAGUGGCUCAGAAGUGGCACGGAGACAGACACGCGUAUCGACGAGGAUGGUGAAACAUGGGAAUCAGAGGCACCUACACUGGUCGAUGUUGCGCUAUUGGCCAGCCGGUGUGAGAAGCUUGUCUCACUAGGAAUGUGGUUUAAUGCCCUAGAUUGGUUUGAUGACGAUCCGAAAAUGGAUUCCAUCGAAGAGGUGGAAGUGGAGGACUUGGAGAUGUCAUACAAAUAUCAAGAAACAUACACCAACAGCCCGGGUACAUCGCCUCAUGCUGCUGCCAUCAGCGCACAUCUGGAUCACUCGGACGAAGGACCGUUAUCUAGCACACUUCGUGGACUCUGGGUUGGAUUGUCCCCAGUCUCAAGUGCAGCAAGCCGGCGCGUGUCCAAAUUUGUUCACAGCCGAUUCCCUCAUGUGGCUGGGUUUGCAUGGCCAACCUGGCAUGCGGAUGAAUGGUCACUCGUAAACGAUACUUUCUUUGCGAUGUAUCCCCGCGAGAAGUUCGACUUGACCUGGUUAUAUAGUCGUGUGUGAUGUAGUAGACGAGUCAUGGAGUCUAAUCGUCGCAGCAUACUCAUGUAUAUGAACCAUCGCCAGGCGCCAAAGUCCGGUUGUUCCGUAUACUUGCUGUAUACCUUGGUCAACGACUGCGUGUUUGGAUCAAAAGCUCUUGCCAAACAACACCUCAA